GGCCGCACGGCAGGUCCGCGUUAUUAUUAUGGUCAGUCUAUAAAUACAGUGCCCAACGUGAGCAACGCCGCCGUGUGAGCGAUCCGGGAGAUCGAUUCGGGCCAAUUUGCCGUAGACAUCAAGGGGGUAACAGGAGGAACAGGAACUAGGAACACUAACAGAGGGAGGAGGAGGUGCUAAGCCGGCAGGAAGAUGCCGCCCAAGCGACCGCCGCCGCUCGUGCCGAAGAAGCCGAAUCCCAGCAUGAACUACGAGGUGUUGAUCUACCUCAACUCGUUCUACUUCGGCAUGUUCGCCUGUUGCGAGAUGGCCAUGGGCCUCCUGAAGGCCAUCAAUCUCAGCUACACGGGACACACUUUGGCUCUGGACACGGGGGUGAUGAUUAGCUUCAUUGUCUUCGAGACGAUUCGCCUGAUAAUGGGACGCGCGAGUUCGCUGGCCGAUCGAGGUUGGUCAGCCAUACUGUCGGUCUUCAUGACCGCACCGUGCUUCGUGGGCGUCUCCUAUCUGCUGCUCCUGCAGACCUACCGACUGCGCCUGGAGUACUGCCUGUGCACGCUGCAGAUCGCCCUUUACCUGACCGAGGUGUGGUAUGCCAUCGUCUUCGUUUUCUCGCUGUGUCGUCCAGUAACUUAUGAUUAGCCACAUAGACAGCAACAUCAGCCAACCAGCAACAAAUAUACAUGCGAAAGAUUAGCAAUAUACAAGAUCGAAAAUGAAUAGGAUGAGGUGUAAUGAAAUGUAGUGAGGAUAAAUUGGAAACAGGAGGCAGCUGAAUUGCUCAUGGCCGAGGAGGAAACCAAACAGAAACAAAAAAAACAUAUGUAGCAUAUUAAAACUUAUGUAUAGUAAGGUUUAUGAUAACAUACACACACUCUUAUAUACAUAUAUUUAACGGUUUUAUAUACAAAAAUUGUUAACAUUUAAGCAUCAAUUGGAACCAAUAUAAGACAACAAACAAAAAUUUAAACUUGAAUAAUUUUCACAUUUUUAAGAUGACAAUUUUUUUGUAAAAAAUAUUGAAAAACACCCAAAACAAAUUUAAUGUGUGGAAAUAAUUUAUAAUAGUUCACAGAUAGCUCGAAUCUUAAAAAGAAUUGUAAAAACAAAAUAGAAUAUCUCAGAAAACCUAGUCAAAAACCGAAUCAUGUGAAUUGUGCUUAAGAUCGCUGAAGGGACAUCAAAAUAAUUCAUUACCACUCAGCGAAGCAGUUAGUAGUUCAUACCAAUAUUCAAAAGGAGAACAAAACAAAAUGAAGCCCAGCUAAAGUCUAGACCAUGUGUGUACUUUAAUGAAAAUACUUUAUAUAAAACUAGCAUAUAGCGUAAAUAACAUGUUCAAGACGGUACUAAAAACAAAGCAAUCCCAAGUGGAAAAGCGUUUACAAGAAAGCAGUAAGAAAAACAAAUUAGCUAAAUCAUAUUAAACAUUUUUAGAGUGUUAAAAACUAAGCGAAAACCCUCCAUUAUAGUGCCGCAAAGUCCUUGCGAAAUUCUUCUCACUAAUUCUGCCUAUUGGCAACUGAAACCCCCGAUAAAUCACGCUCAAUUAUCCCCGCCUGAAAGGAAUCGAGGAUUGGAGCCCCAAAUUCAGCUCCACUAAUGCUAGUCACUAAUGUUCACAAACAUUUUGUAAGCUACACCGAAGAUUGUGUAUAAUUUGUAAGACCUUUUUGUGGUUUCAUAGCAAAUUAGAGCACAAGUCGAUCACAAAACUCUCAACAGUCCACAAAUCUCAUGCUUUUAAUAAAAAAAAACCGACAAUUUUAAUUAAAGAAAACCGCUGUAAGCUGAAACAAAACCAAAGCCACAUCCUAUGUUGAAUAAUUUACCUGUAUAAUAUUUAUGUAAUUUCGUUAAACGCAAAAUGUUAACAUACUUUUAAAGCGCGUGUAAAACGGAUAGUUAAUAAACAAAGAAAAACCCAAAA